GGGGGCGGGAUUUCCGCCGGAAGCCGUCUGGGCUGAUGCGCGAUGGCCUCUACAGCUAGGGCUGGAGGGGAAGAGCCUGUACUAGGUCUUCGGCCUCUCGCUGGUCUUGCUUGGGUCGACUCCUGAAGGGCCUAGGUCGGGGUCCGCCAGAGGGACCGAGGGGCGAAGUGUGUGUUCCUCCCUGGAGAAGGCCCGGCACAGUGACAUCUUCUUGCCUUCAGUUAGUGUUCACUGACCGCGUUUCCUUUACUCAGGCUCCCGCCUCGGGCCGGGAAGGAGCCCGCGAGUGCCCUGCGGGUCCGUGGAAACUCCCGUUCGCGGAGAUGCCAUACCUUGGCUCUGAGGACGUGGUGAAGGAACUGAAGAAGGCCCUGUGUAACCCUCACAUUCAGGCUGAUAGGCCGCGCUACCGGAAUGUCAUCCAGCGAGUCAUUAGGCACAUGACUCAGGGUUUGGACAUGUCUGGUGUUUUCAUGGAAAUGGUGAAGGCCAGUGCCACCGUAGAUAUUGUUCAGAAAAAGUUGGUGUAUCUGUAUAUGGGCACAUAUGCGCCUUUGAAACCGGAUCUGGCACUCUUGGCCAUCAAUACACUCUGCAAAGACUGCUCAGAUCCCAACCCGAUGGUGCGAGGACUGGCGCUACGGAGCAUGUGCAGCCUCAGAAUGCCUGGUGUGCAGGAAUAUAUCCAACAACCUGUCCUUAAUGGUUUGCGGGAUAAGGCUUCAUAUGUCAGAAGAGUGGCCGUCCUUGGCUGUGCCAGGAUGCACAAUCUUCAUGGGGACUCUGAAGUAGAUGGUGCUCUAGUCAAUGAGUUGUACAGUCUUCUGCGUGACCAGGAUCCAAUUGUGGUUGUGAACUGUCUGAGGUCUCUGGAGGAAAUUUUAAAACAUGAAGGAGGUGUUGUCAUUAAUAAGCCCAUUGCCCACCAUCUCUUAAAUAGAAUGUCAAAACUGGACCAAUGGGGUCAGGCUGAAGUAUUGAACUUUCUGCUCCGCUACCAACCCCGCAGUGAGGAGGAACUGUUUGAUAUUCUCAAUUUAUUGGACAGCUAUCUCAAGAGCAGCAGCACAGGCGUGGUGAUGGGAGCUACCAAACUCUUUCUGAUUUUGGCAAAAAAGUUCCCCCACGUACAAACUGAUGUGCUUGUACGUGUCAAGGGACCCUUGCUAGCUGCCUGUUCUUCAGAGAGCCGUGAGCUCUGUUUUGCUGCUCUCUGUCAUGUCCGCCAGGUAUUGCAUAGUUUGCCAGGCCACUUUAGCAGUCACUACAAAAAGUUCUUUUGCUCUUACUCGGAGCCCCACUAUAUCAAGCUGCAGAAGGUAGAGGUGCUGUGUGAGCUGGUGAAUGAUGAGAAUGUGCAGCAGGUGCUAGAGGAGCUUCGAGGAUACUGCACUGAUGUGUCUGCUGACUUUUCACAGGCUGCAAUCUUUGCCAUAGGUAGCAUUGCCAAGACUUACACAGACCAAUGUGUGCAGAUUCUAACAGAGUUGCUAGGACUUCGACAAGAACACAUUACUACAGUGGUGGUGCAGACUUUCCGAGACCUGGUUUGGUUGUGUCCUCAGUGUACUGAAGCUGUGUGUCAGGCCCUGCCCGGCUGUGAGGAGAACAUUCAAGACAGUGAGGGGAAACAGGCACUUAUUUGGUUACUUGGGGUCCAUGGGGAAAAAAUCCCCAAUGCUCCUUAUGUGUUGGAGGACUUUGUAGAAAAUGUGAAGUCGGAGACAUUUCCUGCUGUUAAGAUGGAGCUCCUGACCGCACUGAUGCGCCUUUUCAUCUCGCGCCCUGCUGAGUGCCAGGACAUGCUGGGGCGUCUAUUACAUUACUGCAUAGAGGAAGAAAAGGAUAUGGCUGUGCGAGACCGAGGGCUCUUCUAUUACCGCCUCCUGUUAGUUGGCAUUGAUAAAGUUAAGCAGAUCCUGUGUAGUCCUAAAUCUGACCCUUCUCUUGGACUUUUGGAGGAUCAGCCAGAACGACCUGUGAAUAGCUGGGCUUCAGACUUCAACACACUGGCGCCAGUGUAUGGCAAAGCCCACUGGGCAGCUAUCUCUAAAUGCCGGAAGGUAGAGCGGCUUGAGCUUCCUCCCAGUGCAUCCUUAGCCUCAUCAGGACACUUGGUUUCUGAAGAGAACAAAGAAGAGGUACAAGAGCCUCCUGAUUCUGAAGCUCUCAUGCUGGUCCCCAAUCUCCAGCUUACUGCUGAGUACUUUGAGAAAACAUGGCUUAGCCUCAAAGUUACUCAUCAGCAGGCAUUUCCUUGGCAGGGAGAAGUCCAGCCUGACACUCUGCAAAUGGCCCUAAAAGUAGUAAAUAUUCAGACCAUCGCAAUGAGCAGGGCUGGGGCACAGCCCUGGAAAGCCUACCUCAGUGCUCAGGAUGACACUGGUUGUCUCUUCUUAACUGAAUUGCUGUUGAAGCCUGAGAACUCAGAAAUGCAAAUCUCUGUGAAACAGAGUGAGGCAAGGACUGAAACACUCCGUGGUUUUGUUUCUGUCUUAGAAACUGUGAUUGGAACAAUUGGACACAUAAACUCUUAAGUUUUUCUGCUUGCCUUGAACGAGAUGAACAGCUGCCAGAGUUCUUCAUUUCCCUGUAAAGCUGAUUCUAAGUCCACGGAUCAAAUGCAAGAGAACGAAAAGUCUGGGGAUCCUGGCUCUUUUGUUUACCCAAAGUCUUAUGUUUACCCUCGUUCCCUUCAAGCCUGUCAGAGAUUGGUCCCAUUUUAAAAGGAGAAUGUAUGCAGCAGUGUUGCUAAGGGAUAAGGAUGGGAUGAAGGUAGGCUGGGGAUAGUUCUCUAAUCAUUUUAUGGUUGAAUUAUUUAUUAAAUAUGCCUAUCAUUUGUGGAAA